AUGCCACUCAUAGACCUCACAGGCUCAUCCGACGAAGACGACGUACAAAUCCUACCUACCGGCGCGUCAUUGUCGUCCAAACCCAGGUCAGGCGCGUUGGCUCCAACGACCAAACCGAACGUGCCUCCAUUCAACGUCAGGAAGGGCGUUACUCCUGCUCUGGUCGACUCGUGGAAGGCCAGCGCGGGCUCCGCGUCCAACCGCAUUCCUCCAUCGUCAUCGUCGUCUUCGCGAGACGGCCUGCAGGUCCCCUCCAGGAAGCGGAAAGGCGAGGACCAGCUCGACGCCAUCUCGAUCGGAUCGGCCGACUCGUCACAUAGCCACCGGCCCAAGAUCAUGCCCUCCUCUUCUUCAUCUACGGCUCGGCGGGACCUUGAGUCUCCCCGCAAGAAGCCUGUCAUCCCACCGUCCCCGGUCAAGGCCAGACCUAGCGAGAAGGGGUCCGUCGCGUUGCCAUCUUCCAACCGCGUUGAGCCUAGGCUGGGCGAGCGAAGCAAGUUCAGCAAGAGCGUCAGCAGGGAGAAGGUGGAGCUUGGCGGUGGCUCAUCCUCCACUUCUGCCUCUAGUAGCCGGCCGAGGAUGAGCGACUCCGUCAGCGGGAAGGAAAGGGAGAAGGAAAUGGUCGCGGGAAGCAGUAAGCGUGCUCAGAAUCUUGACACGGUUCAUGAAGGGAAGGCAGCGGUGCCAGGCUCUCGAGACUCCGUUCAACCUCUACAUCCCAUGUUUACCCAAAACCGCAAGGUCCCCAAGCCUGUAGCCAAAUCCUCCCCACUCAAGUCUUCCACCAGCGCGCCCUCCUUCCGUCGGACCGCUAGCAGCACCUCCUCCACCUCCAUUGUCCCGAGGAGCUCUAGCAGCGCCAUACCGCCGAAGCAGACCUCAACUUCCAGGCGCGUCCCGGAAUUGGUGGACGACUUCGAAGACCUCUUCAAGGAGGGUGAGGCAGCUCCCGUCCGUCCUGCUCAACCCUCGCGUACAGCCGCACUCGCCUCUUCGGGCUCGUCCUCUAGAUACCGCGGCGCGUCCAUCCCCGUCGUGGAGAUCCCGCCAAGAUCGGCUCGUCCCCGUCAGGCGCCCCCUGUUCCCGCUACGCCCACUUCUCAGUCUACCCAGCCGGCCAAAGUCAGCGGCCCGCUGCGAUCCGUCAUCAAAGCAGACCCUACCAAGCGUCGCGGAUCCGUUGAAUCGUCCGUACCCCCAACUCCGACCAAGUCAACGGGCAAGCCCAAACCCGUCCCCUCGGCUCAACGCCACACCACUUCUAUCUCCAGCGCCAAGCACCCUACCCCUGCAGGUCCUGCUCGGUCGCCCUCGUCCGGCGAAAAGAGGAAGCGCGAUCACAUCGUCGAAGAUAAUGCGGUUGCUUCCUCAUCCAAGCACGCUUUCUCCUCCAAGGUGGCGAAACACUCACCUCUGGCUCCGGCGGCGCGUUCCCGCUCCGAGCCUACGGCCAACCAGCCCCCGGUAAACUACAAGGUCCCAACGAUGGGUGCGCCGGAUACAGAGUGGGCGCGGAAACCCUCGACCGCUAUGGCUGCGCAAAUGGCAGGUAGCCCGGCCAGAGCUCGUCGGACCGGGAGCGUGACACCCGCCACUUCCAGCUCGGCACUUAGUUCCGCACCUGGUAGCUCCCACCUCACCUCCGCGCCGGCAUCGUCAUCCGUGACAUCCUCCCCUGGCAAGCCCGUCACGCCGCGUACUGCACCCGGCGGUUCGUCCCGAAAAGGCUUUGGCUCGUCCGCCCGUCCGUUGGUCCGGACCAUCUCGGAAACGUCUAGCUUGACUUCGUUGUCAUCACAGCCUACGCCCAAAAAGUCGUUUUCGGGCAAUCACACCCCGCGCCGGCCCACAUCGUCCGCACGGCUCAUGGAUAUUACCUCGUCCUCCCAUCGGUCCCCGUACAAUACGCCGAGUAAAACCCCUCGACGCGGAAAGGACGAUACGACGCCUCGGGCCAAGGCUAAAACUCCCGAGGAUGUCAUCGACCUCGCGGGCGACUCGGAGCCAGACUUCGAGAUAGAGGAGCAAGAGGUGGAUCUGCUGGCCGAGUUCGCCGAAUUUGAAUUUGCGCCACAGAGCCCGCCGGGUGCCAUCCCGCCUGCAACACCUGGUAAGAUGCGUAUCGUCGGUGCUCUCUCCGCCGAGGACCUUGCGGAGGAGAAGAAGGAUCUCCUUGUUACCCCCACCCGCGCUGCGAUGCUCAAGCAGCAACGCCAGAACACGCCUAGUAAAUCCGGCUCGCGAGCGUCGAGCUUCUCCUCCCGUCACACGCCGUCUAUCUCGGCCGUUCUCGCGUCCCCCAAGCCAAAACACCCGGCCUUAUCGCCGGGUGCGGAGGAGCGCAAGAAGCGGGCGGAGAGCAUGGACCGUAAGAUUGAAAGGGAUAGGUUGAUGGAGGAGACCAAGGAGAAGGCGCGGGCCGCUGCGGAGGAGGAGGUGCACCAGCGAAGGAUGAAGUGGGCUGCCGAUGCCGCGGCCGCGGCAGAACAGUCGGACGAUGAUGAGGUGGUGGAUGUUAGCUUUAUUGCUUCUGCGACUCUCAUAGCUGCCGAGACCCGGAAAUCGCAUCGUCAGGCCGGCUCUCGCGUUCCGGCUGAUAGUCCCCCUCCGGCCGCUCCUGCGCCCAAACCCAAAAAGACGGCGGAGGAGCGCGCGACCGAACGCCUCUUCUCCAAGAUCGCGGCGACACACGAACAGGACACGUCUUUCGAGAUGGCGUUCGGGUCGUCCAACUCUGGAAUGUCCGAGUCGCCCGAAAAGCGACCGAAAGGCGCCCAGCCGUAUCCUACGCCGACGUCCCGCGAUCCGUCGACUGAGCCGGCGUUCCCUGGACGAGAUGCCGGCUCGGGGAUGCGGACGAUGGCUCAGAUGUCUAGGGUAUCGCUCCGGGAUCUGAAUGACGAGGAUCGAAGUGCAGCCGAGAUGGUUCUUGAGGAUGCGAAGGAGGCGGAGGCUGCUGCGGCGGCGUUGAAGGCGGAGGUGAGGUGGGCGGGAGUGUGGCAGGAGGAGCAGGCGGUCCUCGCCAAGGCUGAGAAGGUGGAUAUUGCGACUGAGGGGGUUUAUAAGGGUGGGAUGUGGGGUACGGGGAUCAAGAGCGCGCAGAGAGGAGACUAUGACUUGCUUCUUAUACUCUCGGCGUCUUCUAAGGCCAUUUCUCAGCUCGACGCAGCGGCUACUCCGGCCCUCGCUACCUUCUGCUUGCAGACAUUCGUACAGAAGAACGCCACCGAAGCGUUGGCGUGCCUGCUUAGCUUCGUCGAUUCGGCCAAACACCAUCCACUCCAAUCCUCCUCGCAUGUCCGGGAUACGGUCUUCAGAUUGUUCGCCUCAAUGGGGAUGAGGGAGUCAGUCUUGCCUACCUUCACCCCGGUUGCGGACGUGGGCAAGCCCCGUGCGGACAGGGACAAUGUGCUGGCUGGGCUGGCUGAGCUGCUCACCAAGCUUGCCGAACGCGGUCACUUGCUAGGUCAAGAAGCGGUCGAGCUUGCUCCUGUAUUCUGCUUGCUGUAUGCCGAUCCUACCACGUCGCCGGCUACCAAGGAUGCGGUCCAGGCUGCGCUGAAGGCGAUGUGGCCUGCUUGUCUCGACGAAGUGGACUCUGUCGCUCUCGCCAUGAGCAUCUGCAACGCCACCGACGACAUCCCAGCCGUCUCCAAGCGGGAAGUCUUGUAUGCUAUCGGGAUGUCGUCCGAGCAGUCGAGAGAGAUUUCCCGAUGGGUCGCAGCUGGUCUGCUGGCGCCGGACUCUCUUGGCAAACUGCCUGUCGACGAGCCGCGUCUCGUUCCCCUCCUGCCCACGAUCCAUCUCGGCAUCAUGGUGAUCAUCGAUGAGCUCUCCGAAGAUACUCCAGACCAUAUGUUGGUCGACCAUCUCCUGGCAUUCUUGUACGAGAUGCUGGGGGAUGUGAACCCUUUGGUUGAUAUUCUGCCGAUGACCAAGGAGCGGGAGCACCAUGAUUCGGACCGGAUUAGGGUAUGGGUCUUGAGAGCGGACGCGAUGAUUAAACGCACGACAAAAGCUACCACGACCGAAAUCUCCAACAAGAUCCGUCUAGGCCAACUCGCCAGUAUAGUCGACAUGAAGAUCAAAACUGCGUUCUCGCGCCGACGAGAUGCCGAGGAUUCUGCGAAAAGAAAGGCGAUGGCUGCCGGUGGGAAGGGGCUGGAGAAGGGUCAAGGGGGACAGUCGAGGUUGUCGUUUGGGAAACGCCUGACUGUCUCGACUGGUGAUAGUGAGGAUGAGGAGGAGGAGGAGGAGGAGGAGAAUGCGCUGGCGGAUGUGAGCGCGUGCGUGGACAUGUACAAGGACAGCGAUGAGGAGGAUUAG